UAACUAUAUAGUAAUAUAUUUCACACAUUUUAGCAUAAUACGUAUUUUUAUGUUUUUUUUAUAUACUUUUUAUAUAUUUUUACUUAUUUCUACAAUUGUACAUAUUAUUAAUACCUAUAUAGAAAAAUAAAAAAUUGUAAUAUAUAACUGAUGUUAUUGUAAAUUUAUUUUACCAUUAUAUUUAUACAUACUAUAUAUAAAUUACAUAGAAAUUAGUGUUGGAAAAUGAUUGAAAAUGACAUAUAGGUACAGUAAGAGGGCUCUUAGAUCGAAUGAUAUAUGAAUAAGAAAUCUUUUCAUCUUCUAAAUAAAUAAAAUAAAAUCCAUAAUACAGGAGUUUCUAACAAAGAUGUACGUCCAAAAGCGAAAAGAAAGUUACUUUCAUAAUCAUAAUUAUAACCAAAAAAGACGUAAACAAUUUAAUUUGGAACCAGGUAUAAAAGGUUUCUUAUGCACAUGCAAUUUUUCUGAAAAAGAAUGUGUACGCGAUGCUUAUAAAUUACUUAAUGAAUUUGCUGAUGAAAUUUAUGGACCAGUUACCACAAAGGACUUCGAUAAUGAUAAUUCCAAAGAAAAAUCCGAGAAAGAUGAUUCUGUGAAUGAGACAAAGAAUAUUGAUAACGAAGAUGAUAUUUCAGUUGCAUUAAACAAACAAAUUAAUGAAUUAAAAGCAGAAUAUUCAAAGACAAUAAAUGCCAGAAGAUUCCAGGUAGUUGAUACUGGUGUGAAGAAUGUAAUUUUUAUAAAAAGUACUUUGACAAAUCCAUUAGAAUUAGUUACUAAAAUUAUUAGUGAAUUGGAUAACACAAAACAGCAACGCACAAGAUUUUUAUUAAGAUUACUUCCAAUUGAAGUUAUCUGUAAAGCAAAUAUGAAUGACAUUAAAUCUAAAGCAGAUGUAAUGCUUGAAAAAUAUUUUGCACAGGAACCAAAAACAUUUAGUAUUGUAUUCAAUCGCCAUAGUAACAAUAAUAUACACAGAGAUGAAGUAAUCGAAGACUUAGCAGAAAUAAUAAACAAAAAGAAUCCUGGAAAUAAAGCAGAUUUGAAAAACCCAGAACUUGCUGUAAUUGUUGAAAUGAUACGUGGUUUUUGUCUUAUGUCUAUUGCUCCAAAUUACUAUAAAUUUAAAAAAUAUAAUUUACUAGAAAUAUGUAACACCAAAGAACCCACAAAUACCAUAAAACAGAAGGAAGAAAAUGCUUCCAUCGAGGAAAAGAAAAUGACAAAUCCUGAUAAAAGAAAUAUAACAGAAGACAAACAUUUAACAACAGAAAUAAUUCAUGACAACGAAGAAUCAAAAAAUUAAAUACGUAAAUAAUGUUAAUACUACUUUAUAAAUCUAUUAUUAUCUUAUUCCUACUAAUAAAAAGGAAGUGCUACAUUGUA